CAAACGGAAGUACGUCGCUCACAAGUGGCUCACAAGUGACGGACAGUAAACGCUGUUUUUUGUAGCAUUAACGUCGUAACACGUGUUUUUUCGUCUUCUUUUUGAUCGCGUUCUGAAAACCGCAUACACCAAAAGCGUGUUCCGUUUCAACUACCCCGGAUAUGAGGUAAAAUGUUUUAGCAUUUUGGGCGGGAACAGAAAGAUCGAAUCGAUAUUCGAUUAGCCGAGACGCGUCCACGUGGCCUGAUGUAACGGAAGUACGUGACCAGGUGUAAAAAAGGCUACAAAAAAAAAACUACAGUACGGUCGGGAAAUAAUCUCCUCAGGCAUUUGGAGUCGUCUGACAUUUUAUCUUCUGGUCAAGUCCCAUUGUUAAUCCUGCAUAGAGAAAAUCCGACUCAAAAUGGGAAGAGUUAAAAAAGGACAGAAAAUACAGAGGAAAGACUUGUGUGCGAUGGUUGGUGGCAUCGAUGCUUUGGUCGGAACAAUGAAGAGGUUUAACAUUUCAAAGACGGACACAAGUUACUCUUCAAAUAUCUGGUCUAAACUCUCUCUCAGUCUGUUUGGUCAAGAUCUUAAGAAAAACCGUCAAUGGCUGUGGGUGAUGUGGACCACAAACCGAAACCGAGUAAGGGAAUUGGUUACUGGACAACAGACAGAUGCUCCUCAGGCAAUGAAUAAUAAAGCAACUGAUUGUAAGACUGAGGAGCCGUCGGUGUUCAAGACAGAAAAAAAUGACGAAGAAAGAUGGGUUACAGAAGACGAACAACAGGAUGUGUCACUGCAGCAUAUAGAUCAAGUGGAAGAAGCCAUCACAUAUGUUGAGGUAAAAUCAGACCAAAGUGAUGGAGAAGAUGAGCAGCAGGAUGUGUCACUUCAGAAUAUAGUUCAAGUGGAGGAAGACAUCACUGAUGUUGAGUUAGUAUCUGACCAAAGUGAUGGAGAAUAUGAACAUCAGAAUACAGAUGAAGUGGAGGAAGCCUUCACAUAUGUUGAGGUAGUAUUAGACCAAAGUGAUGGAGAAGAUGAACAAGAGAAUGUCUCAUUGCAGAGUGGAGUGCAAACUGAACAUGGAAAACGAGGGGACAAAAAACAAUGGUUAAGGAUGCCAGGGUGUUCAAAAAGGUUCAUAAUAACAGUGAACAGAGAGAACUGGCAAACAGUUGUUCCACUGCACGGUUCUACAAAACUGAGAAAACCGUGGACCCAUGUAUUUCACAACAGUUUCAAAAAGAAAAAUCCCUGUUGUACCCUUUCCUUCAGGAGCCAGCAUAUUAAAACUCCUAACAGCCGGAAAGUCAAUAGUCCGUAUUUAAACAUUACAGCAGUUUGUACGUCCCCUUCCUGCAGUGCAAAAUACUACUUUAAAAGGAAAAAGGAGCCAGUGGGAAACGACCCAGUUAAGAUCUUUGUGCUACAAAAAGGAAAAAUUGCACACUAAAAAAGUGAAUGAAGAUUGAUACACAAAGAAGAGGGAGAAUUGCAAGAGCCCUAGACAAAGGAGUUAGCCAAUUCUCUCACAGCAAACUUUAAAAAAAAAACAAAAAACAUUCCUGAACUAAUUUCUUGAAACAUGAUGCGAAGUCUGAACAAAAAUGUUCUAAAAGUGAUUAGCAAAAAAAUUCAUGAUGACAUGUUCAUGAAGAUGUACAGUACCUCACUCGAAAUAUCAUGAAGAAACGUGACACCAAAAUUUCACAAAGUGCCUGGGUACAUACAGAACUCUCAAGUGGACCCCUUCAGCGUACACAUGUGCACAUUGUGCAACAUCUAAGCAAGAAGACCACUGACCCUGUACCUUGAUGCUACAGGAAAUGUUGCUUCAGAAGUUCCUGGUCAGACCAAAAGAGCCUUUAUUACUCUCUCACUCUGCCUGGAUGCGGUCAGAAUGCUCCUCCAACAUCCUGUCUGUGAGAUGUUGACAAAUGAAAACUAUACCACAAAUCACAUUCUGGACGAUGCAGUUCCUCCGAAAACUUUCACAGUACACAAAACUAAGAGUGCACCAGAUCGAAAAAGACUAUAGCUGGGCACUGCUCCAAAAGUGUUCUUCUGUCGUUUAACAACUGAAGUUGCUAGUGAGAUCUUGUAAUUACACUAAAAGCCAAUAUGUUGUAUUAGUUUUAUUUAGUAAAUGCUGUAAAUCGAUGAUUUUUCUAGAUCAAACUGUAACCAAUAUUUUGGUGUAAUGCUAUUACAAUUAAAGCCAUUUUAAAUUGCUAUACAAAUAAUAAUUUUUUUUUAAAACAUUUCCUAUUUCUUACAAAAAAUUCAAAUUGUAUUUUAAAACCAACUGUAACUUUACGUUAAUAGAAAUAUAAAACAUAAGGCUGUCAUUAAACGUUAAAAUUUA